GGGGCGGGACCGCGCAGGAGCGGUGGCGGCUCCGGGGCCAUGGAGGGCGGUGGCGGAGGCGGUGGGGGAGCGUACGGGGCGGCCAAGGCCGGGGGUGCCUUCGAUUUGGGCCACUUCUUGCAACAACCGCAGGUCCUGGCACGGAUCGCCAGCGCGGUCUUCGCCUUGAUCGUCUUCUCCUGCCUGGUCGGGGAGGGUUACAGCAACCCCCCCAGCACCUCCCAGCUCUCCUGCAUCUUCAACCACAACGAGGACGCCUGCCGCUACGGCAUCGGCAUCGGCGUCCUGGCCUUCCUCGCCUGCAUCUUCUUCUUCAUGGUGGACGUCUACUUCCCCCAGAUCAGCAACACCACCGACCGCAAGUACUUGGUCUUGGCGGAUCUCGGCUUCUCAGGUCUCUGGACCUUCCUGUGGUUCGUUGGCUUUUGUUUCUUGACCAACCAGUGGGCCUGGACGCGGGCAGAGGACGUGCACAUCGGGGCUGACUCGGCCCGGGCUGCCAUCACCUUCAGCUUCUUCUCCAUCUUCUCCUGGGGUCUCCUCAUCACCUUCGCCUACAGGAGGUACAAGAUGGGGGUGGGAGACUUUGCUCAGAGCUACAUGGACCCCAGCGGGGAGGUUCCCACUCCCUACUCCAGCUACCCCAACAUCAGCCAUGACAGCUACCAGCAGCCGCCCUUCACCCACACGGCAGAAGGACCGGAGGGCUACCAGCCCCCGCCGGUGUACUGAGCCCCUGCCCGUGCAAUCCUCUUCAGUGGGGCAGGAGAUGGUGGUGGGGGUGGGGGGGGGAGAACCUGCCCCUCAAAAGUGGGGGCAGGAGGGUGGCAGCUGCUUUGUGUGAAGCCACCGGGUCCCCGGUGCUGGGGCGCAGGAGGGGACCCAGAGCCUGAUAUGUGUGUGUGUAUAUAUGUGUGUUUGUGUGUGGUGGGGGAUUUUUGGCACGUGGUGGGGGAUUUUGCUGGGUGAUUUGCAACUGCCCUUUGCUGCCCCCCCCACCCCCAGCUCCUGCCCUCGCUGUUGUGCCUUGGGGGAGCAGCAGGGUGGGUGGGUGGGUGAUGGUUUGCACCCCCCCAACAAGCUCCGUCCUGGUGACUGCUGCCCUGGCCCCCGGUGCCUUUUCCAGCCCUGCUGGUGGUAGCCCCUCGAGUGCCAGCUCCCUGUGCCUUCCCGCUCGGCUGCUGCUGGGUGAGCUUGAUGCCAAAGCCCUCUCUCCUUUAGACUGUACCCCCCUGCCCUGUGCCUUCUCCCUCGAGCUGCUGGUGCUCGGAGGAUGCGGUUUGAGAUCUGUGGGAGCGGUGAGAUAUCUAUCUAUCUCUGUCUUGGUGGGGUUGGGGCUGCUCCAAGUGUCCCAGGAAGGUCCCGGAAUGCUUUUUCCUGCUGACUUGGUACUCAGCCCCCCCCUCCUUUGCCUCCCACCAAGCACUGUGGCUGCGGAAUCGUGGCUGCCAUCCCGUGUCCUGCCCGUGCCGGCGUUCCCGGCGGCUCUCUCAGGUUGUGUUUUCUGCUGCCCUUGCUGUGAAGCUGUUCCCAGCAGCAGCGUGCGGUGUGCGAGCUGUGGCUGCUGGGGCUGGCCUUCAAAUAGGUCUUUGUUUGUCACUGUGGAGAAGGAAUAAACUUUUUCACCGAG